CACUAAACACCUAGUGACCUAGUCUUAGUCUUGCUCGAAAUGGUGCUCUCGAUGGACCGCUGGCGCGGCAAAAUCGCCGUCGUGACGGGGGCUAGUGCUGGAUGUGGUGCCGCCAUCGCCGAGGCCCUCGUCCGUGAAGGCCUCCACGUGGUGGGUCUGGCCCGUCGCAAGUCCCGGAUCGAGGCCCUCGCCCAAAAACUCUCCUCCGACAACCUCCACGCUCUGAAAUGCGACAUGACCCUCGAAACCGACAUCUUGGAAGCCUUCAAGUGGAUCAAAGCCACCUUAGGCCCCGUCUCAAUCCUCAUAAACAACGCCGGCCUUUCCCAACCCAACACUCUAAUCGGGGGAAACACCCAAAUGUGGAAAACCGUCCUCGAUACCAACGUCCUUGGACUAAGCAUAGCCACCCGGGAGGCAAUCAACCAAAUGAUGGAAAAUGACAUUGCCGGUCACGUGAUUCAUAUUAAUAGCAUUUUGGGGCAUUAUGUGGCCCAUGUGCCCAAUUUGAAUGUGUAUUCGGCUUCGAAAUUCGCCGUUACGGCCCUGACUGAGACUUUGAGACAGGAAUUGGUGGGGUUGGGGAGCAAAAUUCGAAUUACGAGUGUUAGUCCAGGACCGGUCGAUACGGAAUUUGGGGCCGCGUUACGUGGGAGUGAAGAUUGGGAAAAAUUGUACAAUUCUAUGCCCAAAUUGCAAAGUGAGGAUGUGGCAGAUGCUGUGGUUUAUGUACUGUCAACCCCACCACAUGUACAGGUGCACGAGAUGAUGAUACGCCCACUAGGAGAACCGGUGUAAAUGUGACGUAAAAUUUGGUAAUAAUAUACAUGUGUAUAUUCGGUUGCAUAAACUGCUAAAUUUAACAAUAUUUUCGAUAAUAAAAAUCACGUUUUAGUUAAAUUAAAUCAUUUUAAACAUUUAUUAUUGCGUGCGUGCUUCAGUUUUAGAUUUUGUUAUUAAUAAUUUGAUUUGUGAAAUUAUUGAUUGUUUAUAAUAAAAAAAGUAAACAAAA